UUCUUGGUGUAGUUUGCAAGAAGAAGACAGAAGCCUGCCUGUUCCGUGAUCUGCAGGUGGCGCCAAAUAUCUAGUUUGUUUACCUUCCGAACGAGCGGGAAACUGACGACAAGUGAAAUUGUGUCCCCCGGUUUCCGAAAGUAUACUUUCAAAAUGGUCCAGAAAUCAAUUUUGUCAUUCUUUUCUGCAACUAAAGUAAAGAAGCCUGAAGGUGAAUCAGAAAACAGCACACCAGAGCAAAAACCAGAGGAGAAAGGAUCUAAAGGGAAGUCUACCAGAGGAUCUAAAGGGAAGUCUACCCAGGAAGACUCCCCAAUCAAAGCAGUGCCACGUAAAAAGGCGCGAGUUAUUGGAAGUGAUAGUGAAGAUGAAGCUCAACCAUCAACUAGCACAUCACCCAGUAAAUCAGAUGAGGAGAAAGAAAAUAAGAAAAGUACUCCAGAUGGAAAAGGGAAGAAGGGAACUGGCAAAGGAAAACAAGGAAAGGGAUCGCCAAUAAAAAAAAGUACUGUACAAAAUGGCAAGAUGGAAGAGGAAAAUGGUGUCAAGGAUCAAGCAAAGGAGAGUGAGGAAGAUGAUGCUAUUUCUAGUCCUUCUGUUUCAUCAUCUAGUGACAACUCUAAGAUAAAGAGUUCCAAUACAUCUGUAGGUUUCUCACCAGAAACAGUGCCGCCAUUAAGGAAAACAGCCAGGAAACAAAUGAAACGUAAAAGUGACAGUAUGGAAUCCAAGCAGCAAAACAUGAUUAAGAAGUUAAAAACAGAAGAUAGCAAGAAAGAGGAUAAGGCUGAAUCCUCUCCUCAGGUAGCUGAUGGGGAGAAGGCACAGAGUGAUGGAGUACAAAAAGCAGAAAAGGAAGAUGGUAAAGAGGUACCAAUGGAUGUAGAUAAUUGUGAAAAAGAUUCAGAAGGCAAGAAUGAAAAGACUCAUACGACACCUAGCACAAAGAAGCCCAUCCACAGUUUUUUCGAGCCCCGACCUAGUGAAAAAGAUUCUAAGAGUAAAUCACCAAAGGCUGCAACAAAAGAAGAACCAGAGUCACGUGAGAAGGAAAAAUCUUCACCAGUUAAAGAAAAUAACUGUAACAAACAGGAGAGCAAAAAUAAGGAGACUUCUAAAGUGGACAAAAAGCCACCAAAAGUCGAAAAAAAAACAGUUGUUAACCCAUUUGCUCCUAAGAACACUAGUUCUGCAGAUCCUGGCUCAACUUACAAUCCAGGACAGGAAAAAUAUGAUCCAAUAAAAGAUGCGUUUUGGAAACAUGGUGAAAAGGUGCCAUAUUUGGCUUUGGCAAAGACAUUUGAAUUGAUUGAAGGCAUAAGUGGUCGCCUUAAAACCAUAGAAGUUCUUUCCAAUUUCUUGCGAUCAGUUAUUGUCCUCUCACCAGAUGAUCUUUUGUAUUGUGUGUAUUUGUGUCUUAAUAAAGUAGCCCCUGCAUUUGAAGGUACUGAAUUGGGAGUUGGGGACAUGAUUUUGAUGCGUGCAAUUGCUCAAACAUCUGGUCGAAGUGUAGAGAGGAUCAAGCAGGAUACUGAAGAAAAGGGAGAUUUGGGAAUCGUAGCUGAAAACUCCAGAUCAAACCAGAGGCUGAUGUUCCAACCAGCAAAACUUACUGUUCGAGGUGUAUUUGAGAAACUCCGGGAAAUUGCCCUCAUGACUGGAAAUGCUGUAAGAGGAAAUGAUAGUUUGAAGGACGGAUCAAAAUCAAAGGGAAUGUUUGUUGCUUGCCGCUUUUCAGAAGCUAGGUAUCUUAUUCGUUCUCUUGGUGGGAAACUACGAAUUGGUUUGGCGGAACAAUCUGUACUCCAGGCAAUUGCACAAGCUUGUUAUUUAACACCCCCUGGUCAAGACUUCCCUCCAGAGAUUUUGAAUACUGGCAAGGGAGUUGCUCCAGAUAAGCUGAAAGCCCAGUUUGAAAAUUAUGGACUAAUCCUGAAGACUACUUAUUGUGAAUUCCCUAAUUAUGACAAGAUUGUAGAAGUAUUGUUGAAGGAAGGACUCGAAGAGUUACCAAAGCAUUGUAAGUUGACUCCAGGUAUUCCUUUGAAGCCUAUGUUAGCACACCCAACAGCUGGUGUGUCCGAGGUCCUAAAACGCUUUGAAAAUGCAAAGUUCACCUGUGAAUUUAAGUAUGAUGGAGAAAGAGCUCAGAUACAUUUGAAAGAAGAUGGUUCUAUCAGAAUCUACAGUAGAAACCAAGAAGACAACACCUCUAAAUAUCCAGAUAUCAUCUCUAGAUUUAAAAAUGCUGUUGGUGAAAAUGUGAAGUCAUGUGUAAUUGAUUCAGAAGCAGUGGCUUGGGACCAAGAGAAGAAGCAGAUUCUACCCUUCCAGAUUCUUAGCACUAGGAAAAGAAAAGAUGCAGAUGAGAAAGAGAUCAAAGUACAAGUUUGCGUGUUUCCAUUUGAUCUUUUGUAUCUGAAUGGUGAACCUCUUGUUCGGGAACCUUUUGAGAAACGCCGUGCUCUUUUGAAGGAAAAUUUCCAUGAAGUCGAAGGAGAGUUUAUAUUCGCCAAAAGUAUGGAUUCAACAAAUACUGAAGAUAUUGAGGAAUUCUUAGAAGAGUCUAUUAAAGGUAAUUGUGAAGGCCUGAUGGUGAAAACACUUGAUGUUGAUGCUACUUAUGAAAUAGCAAAACGUUCCCGCAAUUGGCUGAAGUUGAAGAAGGAUUAUCUAGAUGGGGUUGGUGAUACCAUAGAUGCAGUAGUUAUUGGGGGCUACUGGGGAAAAGGAAAAAGAAAGGGGGCCUAUGGCUGUUUCCUCCUUGCUUGCUAUGAUCCAGAUAAUGAAGAGUUUCAAUCUCUCUGCAAGAUUGGAACUGGAUUUACUGAAGAGCAACUUCAACAACACACUACGUUCCUCAAAGACCAUGUUAUAGAAAAACCAAAGUCUUACUACAGAUAUGAUAGCAGCCAUGAACCUGAUACCUGGUUUGAACCUGUACAAGUGUGGGAAGUCAAGUGUGCUGAUCUUUCAAUAUCACCAAACCACAAAGCUGCUGCUGGUGUUGUUGAUCCAGAGAAAGGAAUCUCCUUGAGGUUUCCAAGGUUUCUGCGUAUCAGAGAGGACAAAACACCAGAAAAUGCUACAAGUUCAAGUCAAAUUGCUGACCUGUACAACAGUCAAGCUCAGAUUCAAAAUAAGAAUUCGUCUAGUAAAGAUGAGGACUUUUAUUGAAUAUAUUAUCUUAUAUUUUUUUAGUAAUAUUGAGAAUUUUACUUGUGGGAGUAUAGCUCCAAAAAGGUGUCUUAUUGGGACUGUUCUAUGGUUGAGUUUUUAUUGUUUCAUGUGCAUUAGAGUAGAUGUCAUAAAAACUAUUUUAUCACAGAAGUUAUUUUAAUUUUUAAGUAAAAUAAACUUAUUCUCUUUUAUUCAUAAUGAAUCUAUUGUAUUGCAAUUCAUAUUUCAUUUUGAAAUUGAUUGUCUUUCUGUUGACCACUCUGAUGGCAUUUAAGAAUUUUUCCUCUAAAGCCUAA